AUGAAAGUCUUCAACUCCAAAUUGAAUGAUUUUUUCCCCUCUCUUCCCCCACCGAAUCCCUCACUCCCCGUGCCCGCUCAUGCCCUCCGCCCCUUUCCGUCUCCUCCCCCAUCGCAUGCCCUCCGAGCCACUCCCCCCCCCUCGCCGCCCUCCCCACCUCCCCGAUAUCCGACCGCCCCCACCCGCCCCUCCCCACCUCUCCCCGAUGCUCGCCGCCACCCACUACAUCCAUUUAAUUAUAAAAAUAACCGCCUCUCGGUCCCUCCACCCGACAUCGCCGUCCCCCAAUCCCACAGACCACCACCGUUGAAAAGAAUUACCCCCGCCAAUUCCCAUCGCCUCGUCCUCCCUCUUUACACCCACUCGUACAUUCACCCCCCCCCCGCCCGCUUUUCUGCGGGCCACUACUCCGAACCCCCCCCCAAAUGUGAUGCCAUUGCCCGCCCCCCCCGCUCCCCCUCGACCCCUAGCCCGCACUUCCCUCCCGCACCCCCUUCCCAACUCUCCUCGUUUGCUACAUUCGUCCUCUACCCGCCAUCGAAACCCACCGCUCCCCCCAUAUAUUUAGAUUUAAUCCCCCCGACCCCCCCUCCCCAAACACCCCACCCCCCCAGCCCACCCCACCAACGCCCCCCCACGUCCGCCCCCUCCCUAUUACAACUUCCUCCACCGUCCCUCCGCCCCACCCCACGGCAAGCCCCCCCGCUCUUCCCCCCCAGCCAAGUAAAACCCCUCACCCCCGCCCACCGACCCAUCCCCCCCGCCCCAACACAACCUUGCUGUACAGUAUACCCCAAUUCAUCCGGCUACCCUCCCAAAAAGGUCACCACCCCCCCCCGCCCACCCGGGACCCCUCCCCUCCCCCCCCCCCCCCCCAGAACCGCCCCCGCAUUGUCUUCGACAAUUCCUAAUAGAUCAAAGUUACAACCCCCCGGAACGACGACUCCCGAAACCAAUCCCCAGCACACCCCUGCUUCCAAGUCAAAUACCGGCCAGCACCAACCCUUCCCCACGCCCCUCCCUCACCCACACGACCCCUACGCCCAAGGUGGCGUCCCCCCCACAUCCCUCCCCCCGGCCCCCGACCAUCCCAAACUAACCACCCCCAAGGUUAAGAGUGCCCGCCCCACCGCCCCCGUCCCCCCGCCUCCCUCUUGCCUUUCUCUCUAUAUGGUGAUUGGUCCCCCCCCUCCUCCGGCCCUAAUCGGCUCACCCCGUGCCCCCCUCCCACAAACCAACCCCCCUCUACCGCAAACACAUGAGUGUCGGGCGGCCCCGCCGUCCACCCCACUGCCACCUUCGGUCCCCACGCCCUGCCCUCCGCUCCCCCCACCACGCCCCACUAAUCAUCGCGCUCCCGUUCCCCCUCCUGCACCCGCCCCUCCGACCUCUACUGUCCAUAAGCGCCCCAGUUUGACCUACACCCCCCCUCUGCCCCCCGCCACCUAG